AUGGCUCAAGUGGACAGAGGUCCAUGGCAUGAGGGACAUUCUGAUGCCUUCCUCACCUCUUGCAACACCAACAAUUGGCAACAAGCCCUUCAAUUGCUGCCUUCCAUUCAUGUGAAAAUUGCUGGCAAGUUGGGUGCUCAAGGAGCACGUUUGGCAAGUCGGGCUUGCUCUCACUUGCUGGCAAGUCUUGCAAGGGAAACAAACUGGCGCGCUGCGCAAACAUUCUUCAAGGCCUUGCCAAGCUUGGCACCUUCCAUUCCAUACACGCCUGGAAUCAUCUCAGCUUUUCUGAGUUCCUAUGCACAGAAACGCUUUUGGCAACAGUCACUUGAUUUUCUCAAUUCCAUUCAUUCAGGGAAUCCUCUCUCAAGUUCUUUGGAUGCGGCAGUUUACAACACGGUGAUAACAAGCUGCGCGCGCGCUUCAAGGUGGCCUUGGUCACUUUGGCUUUUGGAAGAGCUGAUCUCCUGUGAAUCUCGUCCAAGAGCAAACCUUCUCACCUUCAACGCUGCAAUUCAUGCGUGCGAACGGCGCGGCCUUUGGUCCCACGCGCUUCUUUUGUUGCAACAAAUGAAGGAGAACAAGGUCACGCCUGACUCAGCAUCAUUGAACUGCAUUUUAAGUGCAUGUGAGAAGGGACAGCAAUGGCAAAUGGCCAUUGCACUCCUUCCUUGGUUCUCGACUUACAAAUGUCCCCGCACCAUUGUCACCUAUGGCGCUGUGGCUGCAGCUUGCACAGCCGGGGUGGCGUGGGAGGCAGCCAUCGCUUCGCUGCUUGAGCUUCUUUGGCUACAAGUUCCUCCCAGUACUGAAGUCUUCAAUUCCACGGUUGAAAGCUGCAAGCGUGGUUGGGCCUGGCAGCAGUGUCUAGCCGCCCUGGCCCUCGAGCUCAACGCCCUCAAUUCCAAGACAGUUGUCAUGCACAGGUCAGUCAGUCAAUCGCUGGUUUUAGCACAGGUGAGUUGCCGGGCGUGUACCUCCACAGGUCAGUCUUUUCCACAACCGCUGGUGCUGCGGCACCUUGAGCUCAAGCCGUCCAAAUUGGAAUGGACCGGAUCUCCGAUGGUGGCAUCCGAUCGAUGGCUGGAAGAAGCCAAUGAUUUGGGCGGCAGUGAUAGCUUCGGCCAGUACAACAAUUUUGCGAAUGCAGCACAUAUGCUGUGCAGGCUUGUGCGGCUUAGUUCUGGCAGCCGCCCUCACUCCGUGGACUGGCAGCUGAACCUCCGUGGUGGUGUGGGGCGAAAGCCCGACGAUGGGUGGAGAAGGUACUUCACACGGAAGCAGGCCAGCUUCGAUGCGAUUGCCCGGAAUUGCACCCCGGAGAAUGAGGCCUAUCGCACCCGCUUGGGAACUCCAUUUGACCCCAGCUUCGAUCGGCACCAGGGUGCUGUAAAAUGUGCUACCAUUCGCGACAUGCCGUUGAGUUUUGAAAGGGCCAAAGGUUGCGAAGGAGCACAGGCUGGUCAGUGGCAGCACAUCUUCCAAGCACGACCUGCUGCUACACGACCACAGCUGAAGCAUCUCACCAGCCUGCGAGAGAUGCCAGGCCAACAUCCUGGAAUGACGAUCUCUGACAACCGAAGCGACACAUGUUGGGUCGAGAUGAUGGGAAAGAAGAGAUGGGAGCAGUUUAGGCCGGAGAAUCCGUUGGAGAGGCACCCACGUGAGGGUGGUGACGUGAAGCUGCACCACCUCUACUACUUGAAGGUGCGCCCAGAGCCAGAUGAUGAGGCCCGGGUCUUGCGCACCACCAAGACGCCAAGACUUGUCCCAAAGGCCAAGUCCAAGACCAAGGCAAAUCAGUGA